CACAAGCCGAACGAGAGUGCCUUGACUAGUACACAGCAAUUGCGACGUGCCUGUGAAAUAGAGUGGGCGUUUAGAUUCGGUAUUGCAAGCUCUGAAUCAUAGGUGGUGUCAGAUCCCACAACCGCAACCAACGCCUCCAAACUCCCUUGGGUCCCUCUCAACGAAUAAAUACAAAGCUAUGUCUAUACCGAGCGCAGAUUCCUCGCCGUCGUCCUAAUAUUCACUCAGCCAACUUUUCCUCGCCCUUCACUUGUCAAUAUGUCCAUCUCUCCAGUCUUCCCCGGCCGGGAAUCGCGGGCCUACUGGUUCGAAUACCUCACCCUGGACCUCUUCAUCCGAGUCCUCAACAAGACCUUCCUUCACCCGUUCAUCGCCUGGCUCAUCCCUCUCUGCCUGCGUGCCCAGGCAACUCCCUACUCCCAUCCCUCAUUCAUAAUCACGUCCGCGUACGCGACUGUCCUCACCCUAGUCGUCGGCCUUGUCCUGUUGAAUAAGCGCAUCGCAUAUGGGCCGCCGCGGGAGGUUGAUCUUGAAGAGGAGGUAGUGGUGAUUACUGGAGGAGCUAGCGGAGUAGGACUACUGAUUGCCCAGAUUUAUGGAAUGCGAGGAGUCAGUGUUGCUGUGCUGGAUGUCAAAGAGCUGGAUAAGCAGAGUGGUGUUGGAUUUGAGGAGAUGUCCAGCGUGGAAUACUACCAGUGUGAUAUUGGCGAUAGAGCUCAGGUGGAAGAGGUAGCUAGGAAGAUAGAAGAUGAUCUCGGAACUCCAACGAUUCUAAUCAAUUGCGUGGCUGCACCUAUCAACGGGCUUCCACUCCUUAAUAUAUCCCAAAAAGCAAUCCAGCAAACCAUCCAUGCGAACCUCGGCUCCUUUUUCCAUACCUUGCAAAUAUUCCUCCCUAGAAUGAUGGCCUCUCCCACAGGCGGGACCAUAGUUACCGUUAGCUCCGUCCUCAGUUACCUCACUGCGGCCGGCUUGUCAGAUUACACAGCGACCAAAGCAGCCAUCAGCGCGGCCCACAAGACGUUGGAGGCGGAACUUCGUCAAUCGGGGGCGAGCGAGAGAGUCAAGAUGUUACUUGUCGAAACCGGACAAAUAGCAACACAGCUGUUCCAACGAGUCGAAACCCCAAACAAGUUUUUCGCGCCCGUCCUGGAGCCCGUGCAAGUUGCUCGAGAAAUCGUGUCAGUGGUUGAUACUGGAAAUGGUGGUGUGCUCAGGAUGCCCGCGUUUGCCUCGUUUGUGAGUUGGUAUGCGGUGUUGCCGGCUUCCAUUCAGAAAUUCGCCAGAUAUCUCAGCGGGAUCGAUAGAGCAAUGCAAAGGGCGGACUAUUCGGCAGAUCACGAAAUGGAGUCUUUAAAACGCUCGAAAUUCGAUUAAAAAUAGUAGUGAAAGUUGGUAUAUGGUGGGUUGACUUGUAAUAAUUUGCCUGAGAAUUGGUACGGGCCAAUAUCCACAAUGAUGGGAUACCUAAAAUGGCCUUUCGGGGGGGUCGGCAGCAUCCUUCAAGCUGC